AUGGGUCGUGUUCGGACCAAGACCGUGAAGAAAGCAGAGCGGGUCAUCAUCGAAAAGUACUACACCCGCCUGGGCAACGACUUCCACACCAACAAGCGCAUGUGCGAGAAGAUUGCCAUCAUCCCCAGCAAGAAGCUCUGCAACAGGAUUGCCGGAUAUGUUACUCAUCUGAUGAAGCGAAUCCAGAGAGGCCCUGGGAAAGGGAUCUCCAUCAAGUUGCAGGAAGAAAAAAGAGAAAGGAGGGAUAACUAUGUCCCUGAGGUCUCUGCUUUGGAUCAGGAGACUAAUCUUACACAGAUUAAAGAGGGCCGUGCUGAGCUACCAGUAAAGUCCAACCCUGCGAUUGGGCUGACAGAGACCCCAGGCAUGCCGCACCAGAGGAACUUAAUCCCUGAGCCUCCAAAACAGCUGUAG